AUGCCUGACAGAAACGUGCAUUUCCGAAAGGUCAGGUGUUCAAAGACCUCGCUUUUCGUGUCUUUUGGUGGCUCAUUGAUUGCUUCUCCGGCCAACAUCUCGCUUAUCUCACGCAUUGCAGGCUCAAUCACAAAACAUGUUGUACCUCUUCCUACUCGCUCUUCUCCUGCCAGCCAUUCAAGUUUCCGCUGGAUCGGAUCUGGAAGUGCCGUCCAACGUGGCUAAUCGGUAGUCUAACAAUUUCCAGGUUAUUCAAAACUUCCCCGCUUCAGGUCUAUGUCCAUCAAGGGACAACUUUUCUGCGGAAAAACACCAUUUGAGGGAGCCAAGAUCAGACUUUUUAGAGUUUACCAGCCAAAUGCUGAGGACGGUGAGUACAGCUCCACGAGUUCUUGAAAAGUUGCGCAAUUUAGAUCUUGCUGAACUUCUCGAUGUGAAAAACACCUACAUAACCGGAAUGUUCCAGGUUGAAGGAAACACUGACAGGUAACAUGAUUAUUGCAAAAACACUUUUCUGUUUUCUUUUCCGUUUCAGAUUUCCAAGAACCAAGACUGAAAUCAGACCGUACGUGACAAUCCAUCACAACUGCGACAUGGACGAGAAGCAAACCUCAAACGUGAGUGCUCCUUCGACCAAUCGAUCCACUCCAAUACCUUUUAGUACGGCUACAAAAGAAUUGGAGUCCGCCUUCCGGAAGACUACGUAACUCUUGGAAGCAAGGCCCGUAAGGUAUACGACUUCGGAAAAGUGAACCUGCAGAUCGAGUACCCGGGAGAAAUUCACGACACCAAGUUCAAGUUUGCCGAUUAA